UGACAGAGUGGUGCUGCACCAGUGCAUACGCUGCUGCUUUGAUCACAAACUCACAGAAAAGCUACAGUUCACUAGUAUGAUGGUGCGAGCUUGGUAACUACAGCAGUUUGUCUCUGCUAUGUCUAGGGGGCAUUAUUGCCCACCCAUGUCACUUCUUAAUGUUUGAGACUGAUUGUACAAUUUUCUGAUGUUUCGUUAGGUGAAUAAAAAGUGAAGGGAAAAUGACCGAUGUGGAGGAAAAUAUUAGCUGCUUAGUUCCAAUUUGAUCAGGAAGGAAGCUUCAAGCUUCACAGGACAGGCUAAUCGGUGCGAAGGAACCUGCGGGCCGCCCUCAGCACUGAUGUCAGAGGGACAUCAAGAACAUCAGAAGGUGGAGUCAGAUUUCACAAAGUAGUGUAUGAGCAGUGCUCUCUGCUAACAGACUAGGCACUAAUCACACAAGGAAUUUGCCGGGCAUGCAGGCAAUAUGCUGAAUCUGAACUGUCAAAAGGAUGAUGGAAAAUUAAACUCUGGCAUUUCACAUGACGGGUUCUGCCUGAGAUACUGGAAAGAUUUAAAACUGUAGGAUUUGAAAACUAUGUUUCAUGAAGGCCAUCAUGUAUAUUGCUGGAAGGUCUGAAUCACACCAACGUGUUGACUGCAAAUGGAAAUUCGAUGGGAAAAGUGACAGGCGGUACCUGCCAGAGCAGCGCGCUUCCUGCCUUAAUGCGGCCCCCAGUCCAUGCCAUGCAGCCUUCCCUGGACGUUAAACCAUUUCUGCCAUUCCCGUUGGACACCGCAUCUGCCGUCAGUCUUUUCCCUAAUUUUAAUGCGAUGGACCCAGUUCAGAAAGCAGUGAUAAAUCACACGUUUGGGGUUCCUCCUCCUCCACGAAGAAAACAAGUCAUUUCAUGCAACAUCUGCCAACUAAGAUUUAAUUCUGAUAGCCAAGCGGGGGCACACUACAAAGGCACUAAGCAUGCCAAGAAGCUCAAAGCACUGGAAGCCAUGAGAAAUAAGCAGAAAACUGUUACUCCCAAGGACAGCGUAAAGACCACCUUCACUUCUAUCACAACCACCACCAUCACUGCCAGCUCUGACAAAGCAGACAGCAGUUCGGAGACAGCAACAAUAUCAAAAGGCACAACGCUGGCGGCAGCAAGUGACAGCGUAACAGCGGAGUCCGUCUCGGGUGUGGAGAAGUCUUUGACAUCCAGUGGCUGCAACACAGCUGUUCCCAAGGAGACCGAGGAGGAGAAGGCAAAGCGACUUCUUUACUGCUCUCUCUGUAAAGUGGCUGUUAACUCGGCCUCACAACUGGAAGCACACAACAGUGGAUCUAAGCACAAAACAAUGUUGGAGGCUCGAAAUGGAGGAGGUCCAAUUAAGGCAUUUCCUAGACCAGGUGUCAAAGGCAAAACGUCCACCAACAAAGGAGUUACGACCGGUCUGCAGAAUAAAACCUUUCACUGUGAAAUCUGUGAUGUGCACGUGAACUCAGAAACACAACUCAAACAGCACAUCAGCAGCAGAAGGCACAAGGAUAGAGCUGCAGGAAAACCUCCCAAACCCAAAUACAGUCCGUACAAUAAACUCCAGAGGGGUAGCAACGCUCUUGCAUUGAAACUGGCCUUCCAGAAAGAACUGAGUAAGCCCCUGGCCGCUCGUCUCUUACCAAAUCCCUUCGCUGCCGCGGCGGCAGCGGCCGCUGCCGUCAAUUCUCCAUUUGCUCUGCGCUCGGGCCCUGCAGCCACUCUAUUCCAAACGGCGGCCCUGCCUCCAGCCCUUCUUCGACCCGCUCCCGGACCCAUACGGGCCGCGCACACUCCGGUCCUAUUCGCACCGUACUGAGUACAGGACUGAGUUAUAUAAGUAAUAAUAAAUGACUGCAAUAAUCGAAACAGGGAACUAUGCAGUGAUAAUCACAGAGUUAAUGAACAUGAAAAGAGACUUGUCUCUGCUCCUGCAGUAAGUACACAGAUUUCGAAUGGCUGCAUCUUGGUUCAGCAAAAAGAAUUAAAGCAAUCCUUCCACAGGCAAUCUAUUACACAGUUAACACGAGUAGUUUUGUGUUUUAGAAAUGUGUAGGGUCUGCAAUCUACCCGUAACAAUCAUCAGCCUUUUUACACAGUAUUUUUGUGUAAUGUUUCCAUGUCUUGUGAAGAGUCUGUAAAUGUGUGUAAGGGCAUUAUUCUACACUCUUAUAUGUACAUUUAAUUUUCUCUGUAGGAUGAAACGAUACAAUGACACACUGUGACAAAAGUCUUCAUUAACUGUCAGUGCAGUUUAGCAGCCUGCUGCCUGGUAUUUACCCAAUUAUAAACUUGUAAAUGGUGUCUUGUGGAGCUGUCACUUUGUGCUGUAAAGUUCUGAUGUAAUAAUUGUCUAAUAUGAUUUUCAAAUGUUAGAAUUAAAUAGCAGAAGACAUGUUUAAUUUUUAUAUGACUUGGAGGGUUGGGGUAAGAGUGUGACUGUUUUAAUGGAGUUCACCAUGUAUUUAUUUUGGAACAAAGCCAGGUUUUAAGCUGUAUUUUUAAAAAUUUUUAUUUCAAGAUCCAGCACAGAUCAGGCCUUUCUGACCCAAUGAGCCACACAACCCAGCAACCCUCUGACUUAAUCCCUGUCUACUCAUAGGACAAUUUACAAUGACUAAUUAACCUGCAAACUGGUGUGUCACUGGACUGUGGGAGGGCACCAGAGCACCCGGAUGAAACCCAUGCAUAUGGUGGUAGAAUUGCACUCUGGACUCUGACGCUGUCGGCUGUAUAGUGUCUCGCUACCUGCCACGCUCACCCUGGUCAGGAGGACUGUGUUCACUGUCUGGCACUGGCAGUAGGUUAGAACUGGCUUCCAAAGUUCAGUGCCAAAUUGUGAGGUGCUACGAUGCAGCAUCUGUAGCAACUUUCAGGUGAAUAUAUAACUGCCACUCACCAUUGUACAAAGUAACACCAUUAAAUGCAACUUUCACAUAAUAAGAGAAUAAAUUGUUAAUUACCACAAGACCAUAUGACGUCGGAGCAGAGUUCAAUCAUUUGACCCUUUGAGUCUGCUCCACCAUUCCAUAUGGCUGAUUUAUUACCCCUUUCAACCUCAUUCUCCUGCCUCCUCCCUUCACACCCUGACUGCUCAAUAAUCCAUAAACCCCUGCUUUAAAUAUAUUUAGUGACUUGGCCUCCACAGGCAUUAGUGGCAAUGAAUUCCACAGAUUCACCCCCUGACUACAAAUAAACUCCUCCUCGCCUUUGUUCUAAAAGGACACGCUUGUAUUCUGAGGCUGUGCUUUCUGGUCUUAGACUCACCCGCUACAGGAAACAGUGUCUCUACAUCCAUUCUAUCUCAGCCUUUAAAUAUUCAAUGUUUCAUUGAUAUUCCCUCCUCAUUCUUCUAAAGUCCAGUCAUAUUCCUAUGUCUGAGAAUUUCUAAGCUCAUAUGAAGGAUAUGGGUGCUGUUGCCAAGUCUAGUUGUUAAUACUCAUUCACAACCGUCCUGGCGAAAGUGAUGGUUUCAAGAAUUUGAUGAGAAAUGGUAAUAUAUUUCCAAAUCAGAAUAGUCUGUGAUUUGGACCCAAACUCAGAGAGGAUGGAGUCCCAACGUACCUACUACAUUUUCCCUUCUCAGAGGGAGAGGUUGUGGGAAUGUUAGAGUAGGACCUAAGGUAGUAUUUUUAUCCAAUGGCAUUGUUAUAGUGUAAUAGAGAAUGACAGCACAGAAACAGGGCCUUCAAGCCUUUAGUUCAACCAAACUGUUAUUCUGCCCAUCGGCCUGAACCCUGACCAUAGCCCUCUACACCCCUUCUAUCCACGUACUUAUUCAAACUUCUCUUAAAUGUUACAAUCAGACCCACAUCCACCAUUUCCACUGGCAGCUCGUUCCACACUCUCACCAUUCUCUGAGUGAAGAAGUUCCCCUUAAAUAUUUCACCUUUUACCCAUAACCCCUGACCUCUAGUUCUAGUCUCAACCUUGGCCUCACCAAUGUCUUCUACAACUUUGGUAUAACGUCCCACCUACUAUAUUCAAUACUUUGAUUUAUGAAGGCUAAGGUGCCAGAAUGUCCCUUUGUGACCUUAUGUACCUGUGAUGCCAAUUUCAAGGAAUUAUGGGUCUGUAUUCCGUGAUCUCCUUGUUCUACCACAGUUGUCAGUGUCCUUAUGUUCAUAAUAUAAGUCUUACCCAGGUUGGUCCUCCCAAAGUGCAAAACCUCCCAAAUGUGCAUUCAUUUCGGUGGAAAAAGCUGACUUGCAUUUACCCUUUCUAACUCCUCAUAAUUUUGUAUAUUUCUAUCAAAUGUCUCCUCAUUCUCCUACGUUCCAGGAAAUAAAGUUCUAACCUAUCCAGCCUUUCCUAUAACUCAGGCCCUCAAGUCCUGACAAUAUUCUUGUAAAUUUUGCUCUGUACUCUUUCAGUCUUAUAUACAUCUUUUCUGUAGGUAGGUGACCAAAACUGCACAUAACACUCCAAAUUUUGGCCUCACCAAUGUCUUCUACAACUUUGGCAUAACAUCCCACCUCCUAUAUUCAAUACUUUGAUUUAUAAAGGCUAAGGUGCCAGAAUGUCCCUUUGCGACCUUAUGUACCCGUGACACCAAUUUCAAGGAAUUAUGGAUCUGUAUUCUGUGAUCUCCUUGUUCUACUGCAGUUGUCAGUGUCCUUAUGUUCAUAAUAUAAGUCUUACCCAGGUUGGUCCUCCCAAAGUGCAAAACCUCACACGUGUCUGCAUUAAACUCCAUCUGCCAUUUUUCAGCCCAUGUGUCCAGCUGGUCCUAAUCCAGUAGAGAGAACUGCAGGAAUACAAGUGAUAUUUUACAUAACACUGUGCUGAUUUUUCAGUUAAUAAAUGUGCAUUCAUUUUGUCCAUCUGCUGGCAGCAACCAGUUUGACUGAAUUCCAGACGGACAAUGACAUUGUCUGAAUCUUUCUCCAUGGCAGACUGAAACUUCAUUAUCUUCUUUAGGAGUUAAAUAAUUGUCAUUGUAAUGUUGUUUCUCCCUGUUUGGACAUUCAGUUUACGCUACAUUUGUGCAAUGUCUUACACUUCAAAGGGAAUUCUUUGUUUCAUUUACUUGACCUUAGCUUCAGCAUGCCUCAUUCCAGCUUUCUCGCAACUUACUGUAAAUGCACACAGCACAAUAAUUUUAGAAAAUCAUAUUGUAUAUUCUAAAUAUUAAAACCUACAAACUUAUUGCAGGCUGUUGGUUUUACCAGCUGUAAAUUGUGAGAAGAAAAUGAUGUUUCUAUGUACAGUAAUACCAAUUGAAAGCUUUUUCAGCCUUGUAUGUAUCACCGAUAAUCACCAGAAUCAUUACUGCAAAUGACAAUUUAGCUCAGGACAAAAUCUUUAAAGGUGAUGUAAAAAGGUUUGCUGAAAUAGAAAAUAAUUUGUUAAUAAAGCAAGUAUUAGUAUUAACCAAAAAUAUACCAUUUAUUGUGAGAAAUAUUUAUAUUGACAUUAACACAGGGAUUGCCAACCAUUUUUAUGCCAUGGGUCCCUGCUAUUAACUGAGGGGCCAGUGAAUUCCAGGUUGGGAACCCCUGCAUUAACAUCAUGAAGGAUCCCACCCACCAUGCUUAUGGACAGUUUGUCCCACUCCCAUCAGGGAGGAGGCUACAUAGCAUCCACACCAGAUCUAGCAGACUCAAAAAUGGUUCUUUCUCCAAGCAGUAAGGUUGAUCAGCACUUCCACCCAAUAACACACCCCUCCACCACGGCUUUAUCAUUUCCUGUCAGUCACCAGAUGUACUGACACUCCUGUGCCUAGUGUCACUCUAUGAAUGUACAAUCAAUGUAUGACUGUAAGCUAUUUAUGUAUUUAUAUCCAUUGUGUGUUUUUUAUUAUUGCUGUGUUUUUUUGUGCUGCAUCAGAUCUGGAGUAACAAUGACUUCAUUCUUAUUUACACGUGUACAUUGUUUGGAAGUAGUGCAGCAUAUACAUUCAGUGGCUGUUUUAUUAGACACCUCCUGUAAUAAUAAAAUAGACACUGAGUGCAUGUUCAUGGCCAUCUGCUGCUGUAGCCUGUCCACUCGAUAGGUUGUGCAUUCAGAGAGGCUCUUCUGCACAGUUGUCCUAGUGCAGAACA